UUAUUUGUAGUGAUAAAAUGGGUCUUCACUGUUACUCUAAUAAUUGGUCUUCACUCAAAACAUUUGUAUAUAUUUAUUAUACACUUCUCAAUGACUUAUUAGUCCAAAGUGGAUCUACUACUAAUUAUUCAACAAGUCUUGUAGUAGUAAUUCCUUUGGGUAACCAAGACAAGCAACACAUGAAAGGGUUCAUGUAUAUUUACAAAGGUGGCAUAGGACACCAAAGAAAGAAAGAUUUAGAACAUGGUGUUGAGAAAGAAAAGAAAUCAAGUUCACGAAGUUGGUUACAAAGGAUAAGAUAUCCAACUAGAAGUUACAAUCUUGAAAAAAAUGGUUGUCACAACAUUAAUCAUCACAAAGAUUUGGAUAUUGAAGGAUUUGUUGAUGCAAGGAAUUCAACAUCAUGUUUAGAAUUAGAAUCAAGAGGAGGGUAUGUGGAGGGAAGAAAAUCAGUGUCUUGCAUAGAAGCAUCAUCAUCACCAGCAACAAUAACAACAACAAGAUCAAGAGGAAUCAUAGUUGAAGAGGGAAGAAAAUCAGUGUCUUAUGUUGAAACAAAGUUAGCAAAUCAACAAAAAGAAGGUAAAUUUGUUGAGGCAAGAAAAUCAGUAUCACAAAUUGAAACAUUAUCCUCUGUAAUUGAAAAUCUUCAAGUUAAGGUUUUGGUCUCAGAUAUGCCAAGUUUCAUGCAAGUGCAUGCUUUUCGUUGUGCAAGAAGGACAUAUGAGAAUCUUGAAAAGUUUAGCUCCAAACACAUUGCUCAUAACAUAAAGAAGGAGUUUGAUAAAGCAUAUGGUCCGGUAUGGCAUUGCAUUGUAGGCCCAAAUUUUGGUUCUUUCGUUACACAUUCGACGGGGUGUUUUCUUUAUUUUUCAAUGGAAAAUUUAUACAUUUUACUGUUCAAGACCAAAGUUAAUAAGGCGUUGGGUUAAGGUACAUAUUAUUAUGUACCCAAAAAAAAAAGGUAUAUAUUUAUUAUAUUUAUAUAUAUAAGAUUUAGCAACCACCGUUUUUGCUGAAAAGUUUGUAUUCAAAUGACUUGUCUAUAAAUGAAAAUUAAAAUGUAAUCAAGUUCCAUUCAUACAAAAAUUCAUCCUCUCUUUAAUUUUUUUAUUUCAUGCUGAAUGACAAAUUGUAACAUCACAAAAUUCGGAAUCUUAUACAAGUGGGAGCGGGUUUCUUUUUCUCAA